AUGAAGUCCUUUUUUAAGUUCCAUACUAUCAUUUUGCGUCCUACUUCAGCAUUCCGACUGCGCAACUUGUCUGCGGAAGACUCUUUUGGCAACGCUUCCACUUGUGCUCCACAAGCUAUGGGCAUAUGUGUUGGGGGCAAGACUCUCGUGGCUUCGGUUUCCAAGGCCGCCACCGGCUGCCCUCAUGCACGGGUGUCGUAUGUCCCCAUGUCAGUAGUUGGUCCUUUUGGUACUGCAGAUACUCGGAUUAUCAUUGAAGGAGGUAGGUAUACAACGAAUGUAGCUAACCUCAUGCUAAUACUAACAUAUACCUCUAUUAACACUUAA